GGCGCUGCCGCUGACAAUCAAAACAUUGAAACAUCGGGCAAGAGCAGCAGCGCGAUACACUGCGGCACUUUGACUUGGUUAGCAGUGAAGUACGCUCGAUGUAUUUCGGCCUCGAAGUUGAAGACUUUUGCACUAUUACAACUGUCUCUGUACAAGCGUAUGGAAACAUACAAUCUUCGUUUCGCACAGAGUAGUUGUUUUAUCUACAUAUGCAGGAAAGUGUAAGUUAAAGGGCAGUUUGACGGUAGGGAAUUGAUAACUGCUGUAUAAAACUAUACAACGAAUUUUAAUUCGCAGUUAUGGAAUCACGCGGAGGCAUGUUCAAGAAUACCUUUCAAAGUGGGUUUCUCUCCAUCUUGUACAGCCUUGGAUCGAAACCUUUACAAAUUUGGGACAAGAAGGUACGAAAUGGCCACAUAAAACGUAUAACAGAUAAUGACAUUCAAUCGUUGGUCUUGGAGAUUGUUGGAAGCAACGUGUCCACGACGUUCAUCACCUGUCCUGCCGACCCCAGAGAAACUCUAGGGAUUAGACUACCUUACAUAAUUCUCAUCGUUAAAAACCUAAAGAAGUACUUCACAUUUGAGGUUCAGAUCCUAGAUGACAAAAAUAUCAAGCGAAGAUUUCGAGCGUCCAACUUCCAGAGCACCACGCGUGUCAAGCCAUUUAUCUGUACGAUGCCGAUGCGCCUGGACGAGGGUUGGAACCAAAUACAGUUUAAUCUAGCUGACUUCACACGACGUGCCUAUGGAACAAACUAUGUUCAAACGUUACGGGUUCAAAUCCACGCUAACUGCCGUUUGAGAAGAGUGUACUUCGCCGAUCGAUUAUACGCCGAGGACGAACUUCCUGCAGAAUUCAAGCUUUAUCUUCCCGUUCAGCACCGAACCGCAGCGCAGGCUCUAAGAGAACGUUGAACAUAUUUCUUUGAUGAGUAUCGGAAAAAUGACCAGAAUAAGGCUAAUGAAACAACAUGCGCCCAAAAAAGCAUCUGAACAGCUUUCUGCCAUAAAAACUGUCACUGAAGUUCACAAAUAUUUGAGGGGACAGCUAGUUAUGAAAACGACCAAUGAGAAUGGAGACUCGUAGGAUGGCACAGAAUAGGCUUUAUUCUAAUACUAGUGAGGCCAUUGAAUUGAUCUACGUAAAUUAAUAGGUGUAUCUCAUACUUCACUGUUUCGGCGUAUAUAUAGAAUAUGCUUUAAUAGUCAAUUUAUUACAGCCAUUACAUAGUUGAACUAUAAGUGCGUUUCGAAUAGCUAGUAUAUUAGCGGUUGGGAGAAAUCAAUUAGCAUAAGUAAUUUUGAGAAGUUUAGAGAAAUUUACUUGAUUAAAAGUUUUAUAUGUCCUUGAACUAUGUAUAAUUUGUACAUAAGUACCCGCAGUGUUAUUUGUAACAAAUAACAAAAAUAUUUUGUGACUAGGAAUAUAGCCCUUUAUAUUGGAUGAAACUAUGUUUGAUCGUCUGAACUAAAAAUAAGCCGCUUCAAACAGCGGUUAAUUUUUUUGAGAAGAAUUUGUUUAAAAAUGCAUGGAUGAGUCAAUUAAUAUUUAGUCGGUUGCCAGUUUUUUUUUUUGGGACUUCUGGUGUGCCACUGGCCCAUUUUUUUUCUAUUUUUUUGCAUGAAGCCUAUUUGAGUGACACAUUAACGAGUUUACACCAAGACAAACUGCUAGAUGCAUGGUUGCAAUUGAAAAAGUGUUUACCGAUUAAAAAAUAGUAUCUUAAAAAUGACUAGUGAGUAAUUUAGGUCCCGAAUUGAAGGUGUGAGCGCGGUGAAUGGUAGUUACAUAAUAAACAUGACCGUCAGGAAUGACACUUUUACCACAUGUAAAACAUUAUGUUGAAAUGUCUGUUUUUAUGUAGAUACAGUAUUAAAAACAAGGCAUAAAAAACAUCCUCAAUUUAGGCGCCAUACUAUAUAUAUAUCUUUGUCUAGUUGAAGCUACCGUCUGUUUGUCUUUCUAGAUAAUAAGUGUAGACACACUAACUUUAUUUUGUUUAUUUGUGAUAUAAAUAGAAGACGCACCAUAGGGUGCACGUACUCAAUCAAUUCCACAUGAAAUGAUUACAUGUGAAACAUUUAAGAUUUAUUACAAUACUUAAAUAAGCAAUUCUUAUUUAAGAGUUAACAAAGUCGUCGAUAUUUAUAAAAAGUUUAUAAAAAAAUUGUUGUCUAAGAUUGUGUAGGUAAAUAUAUGGGCAAUGAAGGUUCUCGUUAACAAUCUUCAGCGUUACGGUAUGUCCUCACUACAAGGACCUUAUAUAACCACAUUGUAACUAUUCAACAGCCCGCUUCGUCGUUUUUCUUUUUGUUAUACACUUAUAGUAGGCACUCGGAAAGCCUUCAGUAUUACUGCAUCUGUAUUACUGUAUUAUAGUAUCAGACUGAGUCUAUUACAGAACGUAAGCCAUUAUCUUAGCGGACUUAAAAAAGACCCAGUCAUCAUAAAUCUUACAAACGAUUAGGCCAUAGGACACUACAUUUGUGUCAGGCAAAUACGUCGUACGCUUCGCUAGCAAAAGCCCUUGUUCGAGGUACUGGAUCAUUAAAUGUUUUUAGCAAACUAGGGAAUAUUAUUUUUGCUGUCGUCCCUGUCAGUAUGAAAUUUUAUGAAAAGUCUACCUUCCACAUACCAUUUAAUUGCAAUUAGGCAGUAAUUGGCUACAGUCUUAAAAAUGCUGGUUAAUGCAUAGCACUUUAUCUGCGAUUCAAAUGAAGGUUUGCUAACUGGUAACCGUGGUAUGCUUCCUCGACUGGUUCAAAGGUCUACGGUUGAUUGAGACCAGAUCUAUCUAGACGAACAAGUAUAUGCGCUACAAUAGCGGUAACAGGGGCAUUAAGCAUUUCGCACCUUUUGAAGCUACUGUGGCGCUCUUGACGCCACUCAAUUUUAUUUGGGUUGAUUAAAAAAAUAGAAAUACAUGUGCCCUCUCGCAUACAUUUGUGUCUUUGAGUUCAUGAUUAGCUGUCAUUGUAUUUUGGCAUGUUAUGUAUGUGAUCACUUUUAGAAGUAGAAUUAUGUCACUUUAAGUAUGGGCUGAUUUAACAAUUUGUGCGCAAUAAUCUGUGUGGUUGAUGCGUUAGUGUGUGUUCUUGUCUCUAAUAUGAGCUCUUGUUGCAUUGCUAGUGUAUCUUUCUCAAAAUAUAGCAAAACUUGUCUGUCAGCAAAGACGUUUUCACGUUGUUUGAAACGUACAUAGCACAGACAGAUAAAGAAUGAUACAAGAUAGAAUGCCUUCCACGGACUUCUUUUUUUUCUUUUUUUUUAGUAUGCUCUACUAUAACGUUGACAUAUAAUGCAAAGAAAGUAAAUCGCCUUAGCUGAUUACUUUAUAAGUAUAUUGCUACGGAAAAUCAUAUUAGAUUGUUUUAUGAAACGUCCUUAUAUAUAACGUAACUUCAGAUUAGAGAUUUAAUACUAAUAAACCAUAAGACCGAUUUUUAAAAAGGCUGACAAAGAAUUGCUACUAAUAUAUGCUUCUAUAAUACUUUACAAUGACUUAACAGUGAAGGAAAAUGCAAGUGGAACUCAAUAACUGCUUGCAACCUCAAGCUUACUAAUUUAAAAAAAAAUGAAUAAGGUGUUAAUUCUAAACCGUUUUGACCGUUUUUUUUUUAUUUAGUGGUAUACUAUACAAAAAUAACAUCGCAUGCUCUAAGCUGUUAAAAAGCUUGAUAACUGUAUUAGUCUAACAUUAUUACAAUGUAGUGCACAAGUUACCAUCGCCCGUACCAUUUUACCGCAAAAGUGAAUCCUACAAACUUUUGCCUUUUAUUUAAAUAUCAAACGACAGCACGUUCCGCAUUUGUUUCACAUUAUAGCAAAGUUUACAUACCAAAAAUAGAAACUGAGGAUGCACGAACAUACUCAAGUGUAUUGGAAUUCAGCACGAUUCCUUUUUUAUUAUCUUCAGCAUGAAGUUCAAUCGUGAUAUAAAAUAUGGACUACAAAAAAGAGAGGAAUUACAUAUAAAAAUAAGAGACAAUGUUGGCUUAUAUUUUGCCAGCACAGCCUGCAUAACUACAUCAUCUUCUGCAUGAUCUUGGUGCUAUUGAUUGCUUGACGAUAAUUAAUUGCUGCCCUAAACGAUUAUGUUAACCGAUAGUCCUUAUUCUAGUGUUUAAACAUAUAUAAGUUUUCCAGACGCAUGAAAAAGUGGAACAAAGUAGACGAUUAAAUAAAUUAUAAUCCAUCGUUACAUAUGGAUGGUACAGAGCCGCACCUUAACAACGGCAUGUCAUAAACAUAAUUUUGAAAACCGAGCGUUUUCAUAUCCACGUGUUCAUUUACGGUACAUUACGGAAACAUAUAGUUAAAACGUCCUGCAGAAUAGGCAUUUCUCAUGACUCACUGAUCGCCGUUCAGUACGACCGCUGAAUAGUAAUCAAUGUACGUACGCGUAUCACGAAUUCCUCGAGACAGUGAAAAUCCUCUUAAAAAAAAAGAAAGCCGACGAAAUUGAAUAACUACUACUGUUUUGAGAAAAUACAGCUCUAUGAAUGCUACUUUGGGGACAUAUUUGAGUGCUGUGGAAUUCAUUGGAUGAAAUAUUUGAGCUAUAGAGUAGCGUAUGGCUCUUCUCUUAUGAGUGACUUUAUUUCAGUGGAAUAGUUGAUAAAGAGGUAGGCUUUAAUGGAACCAGCAAUAUAGACAUAAGCUGCAUUGAUGUCUAAUCCGACCGGGUCGCAUUUGAAAUUCAUCGACUGAAUUUAAACAUCGCCAGUUUUACAAAACAGUGUGACAGUGUACAUCCUAUUACGUAUAUAUGCGAGCUUUAUGUUAGAACUCGUAACAUCGGGAAAAUAUAUUUCUGAGUUUUUUUUAUGUGUACACCCCUUUUGUACAACCAAAGUCUCGUGUAGACUUUCCAAGUAUCGAUAAAGUACCUUAUGCUCUUUAAUAACCGCAGUCCAAGAAUACUCUGACAUUCUCAGAUUUGAAUAAUCCUGUUAAAGAUGAUCUACUAAAGAUUCUUACCCCACAUUAGUAUUUUUGGAUCCCUAGCAAAAAUAACUCGACCAAAUGUCAAUCUCUUCAGUAUUUUGGUGAUAUCUGGCGCACUAAUACAAACUAUUAAUCAUCAUUUUGAGCUAAAUUGGCUAAUACAGGAAAACUGUAAAAUAGCAGUAGAAAUACGGGUUUUGGGUAAGAAAUCGUUCAUUAAUUGCAAUGGUUUCUCAGCAUCCUUCGUCUUCAUUUCGGUUGACGUUGCCGUGUAACACCGACAGUCUCCUCGUCCUGUUUAUUAUCAGUGGGUACGAGCCCAAAAUGGCGAGUUGCCCUGGUAAGUCAGUUUAGAGGCUGGGACCUAGUAAACCGUGCUAGACCAACAUCAAUUAUGACCUAUUAAUGAUUUUUAAAGCAGUUAAAUUAUCUGAUUUCGGCUACACUAUGCUUAGUUUCUCAUACAACGUCUGCUCAACGCGCAGUUUUGCGUGUCUUGUUCAAUAAGGUAAACCGUAUGACAUAAAACACAUAUUUCAUACGACCGACGAAACGCUACUGUUGCACAUAAUUGGACCAGAUGUGUGAUGUUAGCUGAAGUGCCUUAACAAGUACCGAACUAAACCUCGAUCAAAUGCAGGACUUAAAAAGUACCAACUCACUAUAGAUAGUUUCAAUGAAUCUUAUACCAAUAUGGGCGUUUCUGUGUGGCAUAUUUUACCCUGUAAGCACAUAUCAGCGAAAAUUUUUUACCGAAACUUAUAGAGUGAUCUGCGACGGCACAAUCAUUUCCUGAACGGUUGCAGCCACAACGGCUCACCGCUAAUGUGGCUAGUAUGACACCCAUCAACGUCAAUCUAUCUAAUCUAUAAAGGCCAUUACUAUGUAACAAAUGCUUAUCGUAGCAAUGGAAAAUGCCUAACGAUACCACUUCUCUGGUAUCCUGUUGUGAUUGUACAAUUCUUCAUAUGACACUAUCAUUAUAUCCAUAUCGUAAAUUACAACUUUACCUAUAGUAUAGCUAUUACCGUACGGUAGCUAAAUUAAGAUAGGAUCUGCUGCUGACUAUCUUUAUAUUAUUCAAGUUACGUAUUUGCUAAAAGUAAAAUAUAAAAUACGUAAGACUUGAAUGUUAUACUGCUAAUGAUCAACGUCACGCAAAUAAUAGUUGAAAAACUUGCUACGCGUCAAGCGCAAACUCACAGAUGUUCCAUUAAUUAGUUAGAUUAAUUUCACAAAAAAAAGCAGAUGUAAUCGUAUUCACAACAAAUGCAUCAUGGAAUUUUAAAGGGUGCUCAAUUGUAAUCAUUGUUACUAGUAUAAGUUAUCAUACGACACGUAUAAUUGUGUAGUAUUCAGUAGAUUAAGUUGUUGCUGCAUCUACGGUCAGAUCCUUCUAUUGGCAUCGGGUAGAUUUUGAUAUUGGAGGGCACCUUGAACUAUUGGUAUAUUUACAUAGCAUGAAAGUUGCCUUUGAUAGAUUUGAAGCCUUUGUAAAAAAGAUGUCCCAGUACAGUUUAUUUACUGCGUCCAUGUCGGUUGUUCAUAACAAUUUUUAAUUAUCGAAGUAGUAAGGCUAGCUUGUUUUGUAGAUUAGGCAGCCGAUAGAAGAGUUUUUAAAUUAAUUUAUACACUAUCACGCCAUCAACCGCCCUGUGAAAGAACUAAGAUCAUUAAAAUUAUAGAGCAGUCUAAUGAAUACUUAAGAUUACUUACCUAUGGGGUAAAGUUCAACUUUUUAAAACGGCGAAAAAUUCAAAUAUUUGUUUACGAUUCAAUGUAAAGUCAUUGGUCUAACAGAUUUUAGGUGGAGAAUUAUCAUGGAGCUUAAAACAUCAACACCCUUGUCUUGGCCCUAUAUGUGAACUAUAUAAUUGCCAGUCAUUUAUUUUACUGUCGUCUUUAUCUAAAAAAAAUCACUGGAAUAACCGAAAAAUCGCUGGAAUCACCAAUCUGAAUGUUCCAAACAAACGCGAAAGUCAGUUUUGAGCCGUAAAGCAUAUAGUGGUUUAUACUCAUUGUAUCAAGCAUUUUCUUGACGCGCAAUAAUCAGAUUAGCGGAAAUUUUUGUACCUAAUAUCUUUUUAAUCGACGCUAACUUUGCUAUGGUCUCGAUGCAAACGCAAGUUAUUUCCAAGUUAUCUGAAUUGUUUGUAUUAUACAUAGUAAAAUAUGUGUACGGCUCCUUUUAACUUAAAAUCUUCAUCGUGAAGAUGUCCAAUAUAAGAAGCCAAGUAUCGCGCAACUAACGCAGAAUCGUGGCGACGACGACGACAACGAUGAUGAUGAUAAUGAUCAUUAUUGUUGAAAUGUCUCAAACCAAAGCCUUCAAACUUUAAUAUAUACUAUAUUUAUUUAGUAGUAGUUUAUGUGAACUCAAAUAAAACAAGUAAUAGUUGUAAAUAACGGCAUGGUUUUUCUUCGUUUAACCAGAUUAGUAUAUACUGUAUGUGCAUUAAAAAGACAUUACAACUGCACGGAAAUUAGAACAGCUCUUGCGUUUGAUCGGACCGUUGGAUAUUUUUUAGGAAUAAAUGCCUUAAAAAAUAUUAGUGUGUAGAAAACAUGACGACUGCCGGGUGUACGCUGGAAUGCAUGGUGGGAAAGCCACAUGUAAUGGUAAUUCUGCUAUGCAAAGACGUUUUAAACACUAUUGUGAAUUUUGCUAUACUUAGCAAAGAUUAUUAACUUAACCACAAUAUUACAGUCGUCUUCUAUAAAUUCCUAUAACAAAUACCAUUUCGAGCUAGCGUUUAAAAGAAUAACAUGGUUAUACUCAUGGCAUUGAAGACCGAGGUAGGCAACAUGACAUAUGUAAAUGAAGCGCAUGGAGUUUAGCUACUGCGCUACCAGAUUUCAUAUAGUUAUCUCUACUAAAUUAAUUUUAACGACAAUGUUUUUCUUACUAUGUGAAAUAUUGAUGAUGACAAGUUUAAAUAGCAACAUUUAUAACAAAAUAAAAAUUAGGUCG